CCGCGCCACCUCGCGUCACUCGCUAUGGGCUUUUGGGUUCGGACGCGGAUUCAUUCGUCCUCUAAUUCAUUCAUUCACAGCAGAGGAGCGGGCUUCCUGGAUCGGUCCACAGUUUUCAGCUGUCCCGUACUGCUGUUUAACGGAACUAGUAAAUAUGGAAUCAUAUGAAAAAAUUGAUAAGCUGUUGAAUUCUGUAGUGGACAGCCUAUUUGGAGAAAGAGAUACCCGCGUGAGAGGAUGGCUGCUGCUGGAUUCCUACACACCAACAUUUUUGCUCACCAUCACCUACCUCCUAACAAUCUACCUGGGAACAAAAUACAUGAGAAACAGACCAGCAUACUCACUGAAAAAUGUUUUACUGCUGUACAACUUCUCUGUUACUGUAUUGUCUUUCUACAUGCUGGUUGAGCUGAUAUCAGCAGUCUGGUCUGCAGGUUACCGUCUUCAGUGUCAGGCACUGGACGAAGUUGGUGAAGCAGAUAUCAGGGUAGCAAAAGUACUAUGGUGGUACUAUUUCUCGAAGCUGAUUGAAUUCCUGGACACUAUCUUCAUUGUGCUGAGGAAGAAAAACAGCCAAAUUAGUUUCCUGCAUGUGUAUCAUCAUGCCUCUAUGUUUAACAUCUGGUGGUGUGUCCUCAACUGGAUACCAUGUGGACAGAGUUUCUUUGGGCCAACUCUAAACAGUUUCAUCCAUGUCCUCAUGUAUUCUUACUAUGGUCUGGCAACCAUCCCAUCUAUGCACAAAUAUCUGUGGUGGAAACGUUACCUCACCCAGGCUCAGCUGGUUCAGUUUGUACUGACUAUAACACACACAGUAAGCGCAUGGGUCGUUCCAUGUGGUUUCCCACUGGGAUGUCUGAAAUUUCAAACCUUCUACAUGUGCACACUUGUGGUCCUGUUUGUCAACUUCUACAUUCAGACAUACAAAAAGAGGAAAACCGAGGGUGGCAGAAUGGCUAAGGUUGGAUAUCCUAAACACAGUCAUUCCAAUGGCGUUUCAUCCUCUCUAAACGGAGCCAACUCCAAACAGAAGCUACAGUGAUGCCACUAUAUGACCAAUAGAUUGGAUGUUCUCAAUCCAGUUAGGCAAAAUACUGGUGUAACAAUAGCCAUAAUUAUAAAUAGAAACAAUUAAAAAAAAUUUUAAAUAACAUUUUUAUAACAAUUUUCAUAUCGUUGUUUUACAUUAUGAUCCUCCCAAGUUUCUGGGCAAUGUAAAUGAUGUACAAUAAUUUUCAGUGGGAAAAAAAUGUAUUAAAAAUAAAUGCAUCUGUUAUGGAAAACA